AUGGAGCCCGAGCAGCAGCCGCGCAUCACCGCACCCAGCACCGAACCCGACCAGAGCUUCUACACAUGGCGCAGCUUCUUCUCGAUCCUGUCCGGCCAAGCCACGCCCGAGGAGCGGCGGCAGUAUCUCCUAACGCGCGACAUUCUCAAUGAAGAGCGCGACAUCAAGCGCGUCGAAGAGCACCGCGACUUCCUCUUCCAGUACAGCCCCAUCGUGCGCUUCAUGCGCGAGGAGAUCCAGAAGCUUGGCGGCGAUAUCAAUCCCUCGAACGUGCGCUGUCGCCGCUGCACCACGCCUCAGGGCGGUGGCAUCGACAAGGACUACGGCAUCCUGCUGUGCGCGAACCAUAUGCGCAACCGUGGACAUGUCGAGGAUACGAUUGCGCAUGAAAUGGUCCACGCGUACGACUAUCUGCGCUUUAAGGUCGACCGCUGGAACUUGCGCCAUCAGGCCUGCACUGAGAUUCGCGCCUCGACGUUGAGCGGAGAAUGUAGGUUUACGCGUGAGUUCUUCACCAGGAACCAAUGGAGCAUCACGAGCCAGCUCCAAGAGUGCGUGCGCCGGCGAGCCACUCUGUCGCUGAUGGCGCGGCCGGGCGUCAAGGAUGACGUGCAUGCGGCCCGCCUCGUCAACGAAGUCUGGGACAACUGCUUCGUUGACACCAGGCCGUUUGACGAGAUCUACAAGUGA